CACCCUUCUCGAAGGUUUGAUGGUUGUUACACUCUCAAGCCUUUGACGUAGGCACUAUCCCGUUCCCCUGACUAUCCGACCUAAUUCGAGGUACUGUUUCAUACAAAGGCAUCUUUCACGAAUCACUACAUGAUCCACGAUGCUACGAUCACUCGCUCUCACAAGUUUCCUCGCCGGACAAUCGCUACGAGCUGCAGCUCAGCGCGAUCAGGUUGACAACAGCAACCUUGACCCACUGAAGUUCAAGAGCGACGGAACAUUUCAAAUAUCAGUCUUUUCAGAUCUCCAUUUCGCUGAGGAUGCCUCCUCAAUAGGGCCCGAGAAAGAUGCUAGGACCGUCAAGGUCAUGGGUGACGUGAUCGAUGCCGAGCUGCCAGACUUGGUAGUCCUAAAUGGCGACCUUAUCAACGGCGAAUCAACAUUCAUCCACAACAGCACGGUAUACAUCGAUCAAAUCGUCUCCCCGAUGGUAGAUCGCAACAUGACAUGGGCUUCAACGUACGGAAACCAUGAUCAUAAUCGCAACCUCAACGGUACGGCGAUGUUGGAGCGCGAGCAUACAUGGCCUGGAUCUCGAACAGAUUCAAUGGUCCAAGGAAGCUAUGCCGGAACAACAAAUUACUACCUGCCCGUUUACGCAUCGAACUGCAGUUCAAACUGCACACCCGAGCUGAUACUCUGGUUCUUUGAUUCUCGAGGUGGCUUUUACUAUCAAGGCGGUGCUCAGCCUAACUGGGUUGACAAGAGUGUCGUGGAAUGGUUCAACCAAACCAAUGCUGAUUUGCGCGAGGAAUACGGAAAGAACAUUCCUUCUUUGGCCUUUGUUCACAUUCCCGUGUACGCUUCUCUGAUGCUGCAGAACAAUGGCGUCGAUGAGAACUAUCACCCUGGCAUCAAUGACGAAACAGUCAUUCAGCAAGGUGCGGGUUGGUGCGCAGACAAGAAGGGAGGCUGUGAUUACAGCGAUCAAGAUUUGCCUCUGAUGCAAGCUCUCGUCGCGACACCUGGCGUCAUUGGCCUCUUUUCCGGCCACGACCACGCGAACUCAUGGUGCUACAAGUGGGAAGACAAGGUUGGCGACAUGGAGCUUCGUGGCAAUGGCAUCAAUCUCUGCUACGGUCAACAUACCGGCUACGGUGGCUAUGGAGACUGGAUCCGAGGUGGUCGCCAAAUCGUCGUCACACAAGAGGGCCUUGAGAAUCUUGAAGUCGAUUCGCAUAUCCGCCUUGAGUCGGACGAGGUCGUUGGAAGAGUCUCUUUGAACUCGACUUAUAACACUGAUUCAUACGCCGCCACUCCGAACCAGAAGACAUUCCUUAGCAUUGCGAGCUCUGCGACGCCAACACCGUCUACGAGACCUGUUUCUUUAGCAGCGCGCUUUGGAUUACACAAUGCUUUCAACUCAUCUUUGAUUAUUUUCAUAGGAGUUAUUGCAUGGAUUAUGGUGUAGAGAGUAGCGUUCAGAUUUUAUUGCUUUUAGAGUUAAAAUUAUAGACAAUGAUUCCCUCAGCGCCUCUAUCUUGUUCCUGCGCCGUGGUAGUUGUUGCCGGCAUGCAUGACCGUAAUGAAAACUCAAGGAUUUACUUCAAAAAAGAAAGAAAUAAGGAAGUGAUACUAUCAAGACAUGAUUGCAAAAAGAGAG